CCUUCUGUGGCUAAUAGUUCAGCAGGGACACGGAUCCAUGAGUUACCCCACCCCCAUCCUAAUUCCUCAACGGGCCACCUUUUGCAAGUCCAGAGAAGGUAACCAUAGCGUCUCUGAUGAACCCAUACUUAAUUAACAGUUAUAGGAAGCUAUCAGAGAGCAAAGUCCUGGAGAAAGUGCUUUCAAAAUGUAUGACAUUCUCAAAUAAUCAAUAAAUAAAUCUAAUGUAUCAUACAUCUUCCUAGGGCAAAGUCUCAGAGAAAGUGCUUUUAAAAUGUACUUUUAGGUGUGUGUUGCAGUUGUUUGGUUCAGUCAUGGGUGCUACAACCCUGAGAGUGUGCAUUGUAGGCUUCUGGAGUUGGGGAUCAGCUAUUGCAAAAAUAAUUGGGACUAAUGUCAAGAACCAGCAGAAGUUCGCCUCCACAGUCAAGAUGUGGGUCUCUGAAGAAGCAGUGAACGGGAGGAAACUGACAGACAUCAUAAAUCACUACCAUGAAAACGUCAAAUAUCUUCCAGGACAUAAGCUGCCAGAAAAUGUGGUUGCUGUCGCAAAUCUCAGUGAGGCAGUGCAGGAUGCAGAUCUACUGGUGUUCACCACCCCACACCAGUUCAUUCACAAAAUCUGUAAUGAGAUUACUGGCAGGGUGCCCAAGAAGGCUCUUGGCAUCAUUCACAUGGAGAGCAUAGAUGAGGGCCCGAGAGGACUGAUGCUCAUUUCCGACAUCAUUCGAGAGAAGAUAGGGAUGGACGUUAGCGUGCUGAUGGGGGCUAAUACAGCCAGGGAGGUGGCUGCUGGGGAGUUUUGUGAGACUACCAUUGGUAGCAAAGUUAUUCAGAAUGGCAUUCUCUUCAAAGAGCUGCUUCAGACCUCCAACUUCUGCAUCACUGUGGUGGAUGAUGCUGAUGCCGUGGAACUCUGCGGAGCACUAAAACACAUCGUUGCCAUGGGAACCAACUUCUGCAAUGGCCUCCACUGCGGGAACAACAGCAAGGCAGCUGUCCUCCGCCUUGGCCUUGUAGAAAUGAUCACUUUCACCAGGAUCUUCUGCAAGAGCCAGGUGUCCACGACCACCUUCCUUGAGAGCUGUGGCUUUGCCAACCCCAUCACUAUCUGCUACAGAGGGAGUGACUGCAAGGAGGCUAAGACCUUCCCCAGGAUUGGGAAGACUAUGGGAAACCUACAAAAGGAAGUGCUGAAUGGUCAGACACUUCAAGGACUUAAGACCUCUGCUUUAGUGUACCAAUUCCUCAAGCAGAAGGGGCUUCUAGCUAAGUUUCCAUUAUUUGUAACAGUGUAUCGGAUCUGUUAUGAAGGCAGACCUUCCACAGAGAUACUAACCUGCCUCCAGAACCAUCCUGCACACAUGUGAAUGGCAUUAAACAAUGACUGGGACAACUGUCUUACCUACAGGAGGCGGAGGGUAGAAAGGGAGGUUACAUGGACAGACAGAUGGACUGAAGAACUUGGAACUUAGGAGAACUUGACAAUGAGAUUUUCUAUGUGACUAUAAUCUUAAAUACCAAAGAUAUGUGAAUUGCUA